AUGCGGAUCCGUGUGGUUCAGAUCUGGGGUUUUCUCAUGACCGUCUUGGGCUGGAUCUUUGUGGCGUGCACGAUGGCCAUGGAGGGCUGGAAGAUCACCUCCAUCGGAGGCAUGGGGGGCUCCUCCAUCAUCAAAGUGGCCUGGUACUGGUCCAGCUUGUGGCGAAGCUGUUUUACAGACUCAACUGCUGUCAGCAACUGUUACGACUUCCCCGUUCUUUGGUCUGUGGAGGGCUCCAUCCAGAUAGUGCGAGGCCUGCUGAUGGGUGCUCUCUCCCUGGGAAUGCUGGGAUUUGUGCUAAGUUUGCUGGGCAUGGAGUGCACCUACAUCGGAGGGAAAGAUAGGUCCAAAUACAAGAAGAUCUACGCUGGAGGAUGGUGCCAUAUUAUCGCCGGUUUGUCCUCCACAUGUGGCUACGCUGUUUAUGCACAGUACGUCUCAGUAGAAUACUUCAACCCUGACUUUGAUGGACUGAAGUAUGACCUUGGCACCCCUCUCUUCCUCGGCUGGGUUGGCUCAGCCUUCCACAUGGCCGGGGGUUUCUUCUAUCUGUGGUCCGUGUGCACGCCGCUCUGUGGAGGGGAAGUCACAGUCAUCACAGUCCCAGCAGAGCCGGACCCAGAACAAAACAAGUCCACCACAGCUUUGUCCACAGUGUCUGGGAUCACCUCAAAGACCAAACUGUCCUCUGUGUCUGAGCUGUCAUCCCGCUCCGAGCGCUCGGAUGUGUCCGACAUCUCCUCCAGAUCAGGACGCACCUCUAAAUCUGGACGCACGGCCAAAUCAGGUGGCUCCACGAAGACUAGAAAAAGCACUAGGCCUGCGGGGUCUACCAGCUCACGGUCAGGGUCUGGGUCAGAGUCUGGACGCUCUUCGAGAUCGAGUGUGUCGACAGGGUCGAGGAGCAGCAGCAGCAGUGGGAGCAGGACAGUGUCGUCUUUGUCAGGAAGUUCAAGGAGUGAGACAACACCAUUCAUCAAGAACGCUUAUAUUUGA